GAGCGCCCGGGCGGGGCUUUCCAGCGAGGGGAGGGGAGAGGCGCGGGGCGGAGGGUCGGGAGUGCCGGUGAGGCCAGUUAGUCGGUGACGAGCGAGCGUCCGUUUGCCAGUGUCCUGUGAUGUGGGCCCUGUUUUAUAAUGAUAAGACCCCCCUCCCCUGGACUGAGCCCCUUUCUACAGCCAGGAGCCAAUGGCCGGGGACAGAGCCAAACCCUGUGAGCUGGACCAAGAGAAAUACGAUGCUGAGGACAACGUGAAGAUCAUCUGCCUGGGGGACAGCGCCGUGGGCAAGUCCAAACUUAUGGAGAGAUUUCUCAUGGAUGGAUUUCAGCCGCAGCAGCUGUCCACGUACGCCCUGACCCUGUACAAACACACGGCCACUGUGGACGGCAAGACUGUCCUUGUGGACUUUUGGGACACAGCAGGCCAGGAGCGGUUCCAGAGCAUGCACGCCUCCUACUACCACAAGGCCCACGCCUGCAUCAUGGUGUUUGAUGUGCAAAGGAAAAUCACCUAUAAGAACCUAAGCACCUGGUAUGCGGAGCUUCGAGAGUUCAGGCCAGAGGUCCCAUGCAUCGUGGUGGCCAAUAAAAUUGAUGCAGACAUAAAGAUGACCCAAAAAAGCUUCAAUUUUGCCAGGAAGUUCUCCCUGCCCCUGUAUUUUGUCUCGGCUGCCGAUGGUACCAACGUCGUGAAGCUCUUCAAUGAUGCAAUUCGAUUAGCUGUGUCUUACAAACAGAACUCCCGGGACUUCAUGGACGAGGUUUUGCAGGAGCUUGAGAACUUUGACUUGGAGCAGAAGGAGGAGAAUGUGUCGGAGCAAGAGCAGCGUGGCAGUGUCGAGAGCCCAUCUGCUUCCUGAGUCAGAGAAGGAGGCCUCUCUCCAGGGCCAACUUGUUGGGUAGGGGGAGAGCUUUCAGAAUACCCCUCCCUCCCCCAACCCUCUAGCUCGGACCUGAGGAACUCUUCCAGGCCAUCCCCCACUCUACUUCCUGCAAACCCACCCAUCCUGUUUGCCUCCGCCACUUCCAUGGCCCAUGAUACCCCUCCACCGCUGUCGCCAGGGACAGGGAUGGGGUCAGCACCAGCAAGUACCUCGACGGUCUAAGAGUUCCACAGCACACCCUGAAGCGGAAUUAGGGAUCAGCAGCAUACCCGUCUUCCCAGGAUCGGACAGUGAAGAGAAUCAGGGAACAUGCUUUGUGUGUGUCUUAAAUAAAAGGAAAUUUAGGUGUUUGUUUUAAUUCCCAAAACUGACCUCAGGGUUUACUCACCGCAUUUCCACUAAGGGAAUGACUUCUAAUCCUGAACCACCCCUGUUCCCACCCCUGUGGAAUUGGGGAGGCCUCCAUCCUUUUUUCACAUGGUCUCCCAUUCUUUUUCUUCUUUAGUCCCCAACCAGCUUUUUUUUUUUUAAAAAAGGGUUGAGCGGAAGGAGCUCGUCCAGGUGCAGCCAGUAUGUUGGUGAACAGUGAGGCUGCAGCCACAGGCACACAAGUGAAAGCAGGUUACAGAUCUAGCCAUCCUCACAGUACACAGACAUCACUGUCACUAACACCAGGGUCAGUACAGCCAUAUAACAAGGCACACCCAUUUGGUUGGAAGAAAUUAAGAACAGCUUCCUUUAAAAGCCCUAUUUCAGCAUGUGAGGCUUUCCCUCCUCUUUUGAGGACCAGUGUGGACAUCGUGCCUCCUCCAUGGCGAGGGCUGCAGAUGGACACACUGCCGCCUUUUCCACUUCUCGCUAGUACUUGUGGUCUGCUGUUGUUUUUAUGACCAUCUUGUGCAUCAUUUCCAUUGUUUAUAUUUUUUCUGUUUUCUUUUUUACAGUAAAGGUUGAAUUACAUAAACUUUGAGUAUAUGUG